AUGUUCACUCACAACGCCGCAAAAUCCGUCGACAAUCUAUCAGCUCUGUCCCCCAUAGGCCGCGGGGAGCUUCCCUUCCAUAGCGGCGGUAGACAUGGCUCCGUCCAUCAUCGACCGACCUCCCGACGCGGAUCGACAGCGAGCUCGAUCCAUUCGGUAGGGGGCGUAUUGGAUAGCGCUCCCAGCAGUUGGGCUGCUUCUGUUUACGAGUCGAACCAUAAUGCCAUCUCGACCCUCCUCCAACCUCCUAUCGUCCGAACUGGCCUUCAACCUCACACCUCAGCGCCAACAUCGAGCGCGCACAAACCCCCGACAGCAAAAGACAUUCCCCCGGUUGCUCUGACGAAUAUUCCCCAUGUCGAUGUCGAAGAAUUUAAGCCGUACCUGUCGCAGGUUGGCACCUUGUACGAACAGCUUCGAAGAAUAAAGGAGAAUGACGACGACGCCAACAGCACCCAGCGGUUAGCGAGGCAAGAGGAGCAGGUGGACACGAGUGGCGAUGCGUUUCUAAGACCCGGACGCCCUACGCGCAGGAGCUCAACUGCGUCCCUCUCAUCGUUAAACUCGAAUGAAGGCUCGAGUCCCGUCCGGAGACCCAGCGCCAGCUUUGCUCGGAGGUCUAUGCAAGGUCCACCCCCACUGUCGACGAUUCCAACUGUUUAUUUCGACGAUGAAUUCCAUCUUGAGAACCCAAGGACUUUCGAUGUUGUCAGCGAGCGAUCGGAAGUCAUCCGCCCGGCCAGUUCGGGGAGCGGAGAGAAGGGUGCAACCAAUGGGAGCGCAGCUGCGCCCAGGAAAGCUCUCGCCACGAACGCAAUUUUGCAGGAGAAGUUGUCUUGGUACAUGGACACAAUUGAGGUCCAUCUUAUCAAUUCAAUCUCAACUGCAUCUACCACCUUCUUUACGGCCCUUGGGUCUCUCAAGGAGCUACACUCGGAAGCCGCCGAAUCUGUCCAGAGGAUCAAAGGCUUGAGGAAAGAGCUCGAAGCUCUUGAUGAGGAGAUUGCGACGAAGGGUCUUGAAAUCGUCCAUAAGAGACGACGACUAGAGAACCUCAAGCAGCUCAACGAUGCUGUCCUGCAACUAAGGCAAAUUGCUGACGGUGUCAUGGGAUGCGAGGCACUUGUUGACCAAGGCGAGGUGGACAAGGCUCUCUCGAGCAUUGACUCAUUGGAGAAACUAAUUGCUGGCGAACGGGAUCCAGCCGCUGACUAUGAGUCUGAGAUGCAGUUGCGAGAUCUCAGGUCAGCCUCCGCCUUGCAGGGCGUCAAUGCCGACCUCGCCACGCUGAGAUCCCGCGUUGGAAAGGCAUACGAAUCUAAUUUCCAAAAUAUUCUGAUGCGCGAUCUUCGAAACCACUCUGAUUCGGCGUCCACACCAGAGAUUCUACUCCGCUGGACCAACGCUGCAACCAGGGCAAAGGGUGGUCAUGCCAGGUCACCAUCAGUCUUCCCAGCUUACUUAGCGGGUACCGAUGAGCUUAAAGCACAGCUUUUCCCUUGUAUGGUUGGAUUGCACCGCGCCAAGCACAUUGCGGCAGCGACCAUUGCAUACAGGGAAUCUGUUCUCCGAGAGAUUCGGAAUCUGAUCCGACGACCGCUCCCGAGCUCCACUGACGACGACAAUGAAUCAAUGAUGUCAGUCUCAACGGCGAGCGGGGGCCGGGGUCUAUCAAACCAAGAAAAGUCGUCUAUUCUCGCGCGAAACUUGCGAGCCCUGGAUCCCGAGGAUGGCGAGGAGUUACUCAUCAAAAUAUAUGUCGGAGUCACAGAGACCCUGAGGCGGUUGACAACCCAAGUCAAGGUGCUUCUAGAAGUUACGUGUUCCCUGACGGAUUCGCCACAAGGGGAUGGGCUCAGGUCCCCCCCAGUGCGAUCACCCAUAUCAAGCCCGAGGCCUGAUCGGUACCCAGGCAAUCCCAUGAAUUCAACAUUCGAAGCCCAGGAGGAACUUCACAAGAAUCUUGACGUUGCCAACCUCCUCGGCCAGGCCGUUGAUGUCGCAAUUGAGAAGAUUGUCAAAGUGUUGAAGGUCCGAGCAGAGCAAACAGCCCAUCUUCCUCUGGAUCUUUUCCUGCGAUAUUUCACACUCAACUUAUACUUUACCAAUGAGUGCGAGUCGAUAUCUGGCAGGAGUGGCACGCCCUUGAAGACCGUGGUUAAUGGCCACAUCAAGGAUUUUGUGCAGAGAAAUCGCGAUGUUGAGAUGCAGAAGCUUGCACAAGGCAUGGAAUCUGACCAGUGGAAUGCCAAAGAUUUCAGUGACGACAACGCAGAGAUCCUUGACAUUCUACUAGCCAGCAGCACGCGGGAUGCCGCCAAGUGGACAGAAAGCAACAAGAUAUACAUGCCUUAUUCCGACACAGAGAAGACAGAGGGAGAGACAGCUGCCAUCGAAAGCAAUGGAACUAGUAAGGAAAAGACGCGAACCGCAACUAUUGACUCGGAGACGUUCAUGCUCCCCAAAUCAGCAAUUCUUUGCCUCGAGGGAAUUGCUAAAUUCUCACAUCUCAUUACCGGGAUUCCGUCGAUGACGCUUGACAUCGCGACUUCCUUAAUAGCAUAUCUGCAGCUCUUCAAUUCUAGGUGCACACAGCUCAUUCUGGGCGCGGGCGCAACUCGCUCGGCUGGCUUGAAGAACAUCACGACAAAACACUUGGCCCUGGCGUCCCAGGCACUCUCGUUCAUCGCGACUCUCAUUCCUCACAUUCGCGAGUUUGUGCGACGUCAUGCUGGCUCCGGAGCAAAUGUUUCCAACCUCAUGGGUGAGUUUGACAAGAUCAGGCGACUCCUCCAGGAGCAUCAAGACAGCAUCUACCAGAAGCUUGUCGAUAUUAUGAGCGGCCGAGCCACCAUUCACUGCAGGAAUAUGAAAGCCAUCGACUGGGACGCGGACGGUGCAAUCAGUACUCACCCGUACAUGGAGACUCUGGCGAAGGAGACAAGCACACUACACAGGGUUCUCACGAAACACUUGCCGGAGACUUCUAUCCAAAUGAUCAUGCUUCCUGUCUUCUCCAGCUACAAAGAGCAGCUUGGUUCAACCCUGGAAGACGCCGAACUCAAGACAGAGGCGGGUAGACAAAGGCAAGACUACCCAGUCAUUGACAGGCGCAUGCUCAACGACAUCGACUUCUUCGCAGCUAAGCUUGGGAAGCUCGACGGGUUCGGUGACACUGGAGAGUUCCUAGAAAGGAUAAUCAAGGCUAAGAAGGUCGAGGUGGAAGCACCUCCUGCAAACUCAAGCGCUCCUGAGCCCCAAGAAGAUAAGCCGGAAGAGGAGGCAGAAAAGAAGUCAGAGGAACCCGCCAAGGAUGACGAAAAGAAGUAG